AAAAGCGUACAGUAGUACAAGAAAGGGGAGAGGCGGCAGCUUUGGGGUUUGUCGGGCGCGCAGGGAGUGAACGGAGGGUGUGAGCACCGGAGUAAGAGCCAGAGGCUGGGAAGACAUUAAAAAUAAGACGAAGAAAGGGGGAAAGAGCCGCUUCAGCAGUCCGCCCUUUAUUUUUAUGCCAGCUGGCUGCUCAUCGGCGGAGACUGACUGGAGCAGCAGAUAUCUACAGCACACUUGAGACCGAUUCUACAGGACUUUCCGCACUUUUUCAGUCCCUUUCUCUCUUUCUGUCCUGUUCUGCCCUUCCCACCCCUGCAAGCACAGUCAUGGCAGCCAGCAAGCCUAAGGGGCAGAAUUCGCUGGCCCUGCACAAGGUGAUCAUGGUGGGCAGCGGCGGUGUCGGGAAGUCAGCCCUCACUUUGCAGUUCAUGUACGAUGAGUUUGUGGAAGACUAUGAACCCACCAAGGCAGACAGCUACAGGAAGAAGGUAGUUCUGGAUGGUGAGGAGGUCCAAAUUGAUAUUCUGGACACGGCAGGCCAAGAGGACUACGCUGCCAUUCGGGACAAUUACUUUCGCAGUGGAGAGGGAUUCCUCUGCGUCUUCUCCAUCACAGAGCUGGAGUCCUUCGCUGCAACUGCCGACUUCAGAGAGCAGAUCCUGCGUGUGAAGGAAGAUGAGAACGUGCCCUUCCUGCUGGUGGGCAACAAAUCAGACCUAGAGGACCGCCGACAAGUGAGCGUCGAGGAGGCCAAGGCGCGUGCCGAACAGUGGGGCGUCAGCUAUGUGGAGACCUCAGCCAAAACCCGGGCCAACGUGGACAAGGUUUUCUUUGAUCUAAUGCGAGAAAUCCGGGCGAGGAAGAUGGAGGACAGCAAGGAGAAGAAUGGAAAGAAGAAGAGGAAAAGUCUGGCUAAAAGAAUUAGAGAGCGAUGCUGCAUUUUAUAAUGAAGCCCAGAUGGUCACUCUCCUCUUCCAGAGUCCUCAAUGUUCUAAUGAUUCCUCAGAUUUUAUGUUGGGUCCCCUCAGCUCCCUCUAAACAGCCCAGGCUGUGAGAGAUGUCAUCUCCUAGCAUUUUUUGGGGAUGGGGGUAAGUUAGGGAAUAGGGGAUGUGCAGUGCUUCAAAAAGAACUAAAUUGGGGAAAAAUGAAAACUGACAUAGAAAAGCAUGAAUUCGGAGGCUAAUGGUAAAAGGACUUUUUUGCUUUUAGAAAUAACAUGUAUAUAUGGUGCCAUAAGCACAGUGAUUUUUUUUCUUUUUUUUUUUUCUUUUUUAUAAAACCUAUCAUGGGUGGUAUUCUUUUUCCCUUGUGGCACAUUUUUGUCAUUUAGUGCUUUAAAGCUAAUGUCUCAUAUUCCGGGAUACAUGUGAAGAAGCCCAUCAAAGUUUGGAUCAGUUCUGCAUUUCCGUUCCAUUUCAUUGUGGCGUCUCAGCCUUGCUUCCUUUCCAUUUUCACUACAACUCCCAUAAGCCCUAGUGUUACAUGGGAACUGGGAGAUAGAACUACUCGAGGCAACAAAAAAGUGACACUGAAAUGGAUAGGUUCCAAAGUGGCUCUAGCUGUGGUGCUUUUUCUCUGCUCAAACACUCUGCCACUGUGUUUCUGACAUGUUGAUGCCUUGAUGUCCGUUGUGAAUGUGACAAAGCUGACACAGGCCUAAUGCCCAGUCUACUCCACUUUUCCCAUCAGUAAUAUAAUAUGCAAUGUGUGUGUGUGUGUGUGUGUGUGUGUGUGGGGGGCAUGAUACAGGGACAUGCCUGAUGUGUGCAACUAAAUGUUUCAUUAUUAUUGUUAUUCAUAAGUGGACAAAAUGUGGACAAUGGGUGGACUUGGGGACAGUCUGUAGUUAGAGAAAUUCCAAAAUAUGAAUAUUCCUCCUUGAAAGAAAAUGUAAAGACGGUGUAUCCCUGCUGGGUGUCUCUCCAGUUCAGUAUGGGCUUGCUGUGUAACUUUUGUUUUGUUUUUACUGGAAGGGGUUUGGAUGUGAGAUCUGGUCUUACUUCGGUUUGCUUGUCCCAUGUUUGACGUGAUCCACGUAAAAAAGCUUUUCUUACCGAAAGCACAUUGUUCUACACAUUUUAACCUACGUAUACUCUUGUUUGGCAUAAAUAAAGUAAACUAUGAUUGAAUCUGACCAAAAUUCUGUUAGGGGCCUUUGGAAGAUGGGUGUUGGCCAUCGAUGCCGCCAUCUGUUUUGAGAAGACUACAAACCCCCUGUGGUGCAGCAUUUCAGUGUAUAGAAUUGUGGAGUUUUCUUUUGUUGCUUCUUUCCUUUUUCUGUAUCAUUAGUGAAGCUCAUUUCAUCAAUUUAAAUGUUCCUCUUGAAUCAAGUGAUGCCAAGCUUUCUCUGAGUGUCCUUUAGCUUUUUAACAUUUUGUAAUUUACCAAAUAUUUCACUUCUCAGCAAAAAAAAAAAAUUGUGUGCUUAACUGCCUUUGAUUUUCAGUAGUUAGAAACCAUAACACUAAAUUGAUCUUUGCCAUGCAGUUUGUAAGCUAUUUAAUAUUCCUUCAUAAUCUGCCCUCAAAUUAAAUAAGCUACCCCACCGUUAUAAGACAAUGGGACCAAAAGUGUUGACUUCAAACUGCAAAGUCAAUAAAUGAAGUAUCUCCUGAGUGUUUCUGCCCCGCCCCCCCCACCACACACACACACACACACACACACACACACACACACACACACA